CAGGCCGCUCGACGUCGGGGCUUGACUUCGUCACCAGACAAUCUGGACCCCUGCGAGCUCCUCUCCGCUUUCUCCAGUCUCGCUUCCGUUUCGUGCGUCUUCUUGCAUUCAUCCUAGGGCACAGAUAUUAUCUCGCCUACAUGAGUUUAUCGCAGGCAUAGAGCCAGAUUCUCUCCUAAUGUCGGAACGCCCCUCUCCUCCAUCCACCUCGCACUUGGAGCCUCCAGGCAAGAGCGUGGAGCUAGAGGACCCAGGGGCUCCUGAUUAUGCCUCGAAUAGCGAUGAGGAGCAUUUCUCAGAUGCAAGCGAAGGCAACUCACGGUCCCGUUCCCGCCCAACGUCUCGUGCAUCUCUUGUCCCUCGGACGCGGGUAGAGAAAGUAGACGACACUCCUUCACACGGCGAAAUCCCAGGAACCAGUGCCUACGAGAAGAGAGAGCUGGAUGCUGUCCCUGACGAAGUCGAGGUAAUCUCGCGCAGCAGGAGUCCUUCAACUGCGGGGCAGCGCCGCCGGUCGUUAACUCCGGGGGUUACAGCAGUACCUCGGACUGUGGUUGAAAAGGUUGACCCGGAUCAACCAAGUUAUGGCGAUGUCCCUGGAACCGAGGCAUACGAAAAACGCAAAGCAGAUGCUGUCCCAGACGUAGUCACGAAAACCUCGGAAUCCUUAAGUCGAUCAGCAUCCCCCACCAGGUCCGAGAGAGCCAGUACGAGCGACACUCCUAUCCCAGAAACGCUGCUGUCUGAAGCAGAGUCAUCGCCAGAUCAAGAGCCACCGCAUCCAGGUCCGCAUGCUCACCGCAGACGUCCAAGCGAUGCUCUUCCGGAUGCGACAGAGCCCGCAUCAACCUCUCCCGAUCUGGAUAGCCCCGAGCAUUCGACUCACAUUCGACGAAGAUCAACAGUAACAGAGGGGGACUUGGCGCAAGUUCCAGGUGGUGAUGACUUUGACGACUUCGAGGAGGGUCAAGAUGACGAUUUUGGUGACUUUGACGAUGGUUUUCAAGAGCCGGAUGAGGAUCUUGUUGAACCUGAAUCUGUCCCAAUGCAGCCCUCUCAGCCACUCACGCCGCCUUAUGUCCCACCUUUAAUAGAGUUUGAUGCCAUCCAGACCUUUUCCGACCUCCUCACCACUCUGGACGAAUCUCUUGACCGAUUAUUUCCUGCUUCCAAAGAUGCAAUUUCCAAUCAGACCGAACUCGAACCCAUCCCUAACUCCUCCGCUAUCUUCAGCACGGAACGCUCUCUUUCAUUAUGGUCACAACUUGUUGCCCCACCCCCGCUCCAACCCCAAAACUGGGUCAAGUCCCGCAUCCGCCGCCUCUUUCUCGUCUCCUUAGGAGUUCCCGUAGACCUAGACGAAAUUCUCCCCGCAUCUAAACAAAAGAAACUCAUCCUCCCAUCCAUCAACCUUGGGGGCCCCAACUCAACCGCACAGGGCUCCCUAUCCCGCUCUCAAAGCCUCGCCAGAAAAGGCUCUCAGAGCGGACCGAAUAGCCCGCGCACAUCCAGCACCGCCGCCCGACAACGAGCAUCUCGACGGCGCGAGGCGUCACCACCAGACCUCGAUCUUACUUCUGUGCGUCGACUCUGCGCAACAACCGACGCAGCCCUAGACGGACUCACCGACUCCGAGCUCCAAUCGCACGUCAAAGAGCUCGAACAGCUAACGCUCCGCGCCUCCGCCGUCCUCGAAUUCUGGCUCAAACGCCGCGACAGCCUAGUGAGCGAGAAGGAAGCUUUCGAAGGCGUGAUAGAGAACCUAGUCAACCAUGCCAGACGAGUACGGAAAUGAUUUAUUAUGACGCCAAAAGAAUCCAGCAAAUAUAUGUUUAAUCAACCCUAACCAUCCCAAUCAAGAUUCAUUCUUACUCUCAUCAUGUCUUAGCCAUAGAGAAACCUCUUUUUCCCCACCCACCUUUGUUGUACUCCCUACUUCAUCUUACCUGGUCAGUUCUUACACCCAUUUCAUUUCUUCUUGGACCAAGGUCUAUAUGGUUUAUUUCCCCGGAUGAUUGGAAGAUUGGCAAGGCCGCAUCAGUAUCACACCCUUUGG